AUGUCAGACUAUUCGGAUUUGCCAUUGGAACUUGAACUUCGAAACCAAAUUUACAGAGAUACAGUAAUCCCCAGGUUAAUAGCAAAAGCGCAUAGAUUCAGUCCAUAUGAAAAGUUACGAAAAUACUUUCAAAACAAACUUCGCGCUUGGAAGUCGCAACAACGUAAACUUGCCAAGGCUCAACAGCAAGGAGCUCCGGCUCGUAGACGGAGACAAUGCAGGGGCAUCAAGCCAAGAGCCGAAGAACAAAAUUCACCAAUGAAAGCUCGUCGUGUCCGCCGUUCACCUCAAACGUUACGACGAGAAAGAGAAGCGAUACGUGCCUGGAAGAUACGAUACGCUAAUCAGCCACCUCCCAGUCCACGAGAUGAAGCUACCGAGUCUCAACUGCCAGAAGCUCCGGCUCGUAGACGAAGACUAUGCAGGGGUAUCAAAUCAAGAGCUGAAGAACAAAAAUUCGCCAAUGCAGACGCACAACCUCUCGGGCCAUCUCGAAUGUUACGACGAGAACACAAAGAAGCGAUACGUCGCUGGAAGUUACAACAAGUUCAUCAACCAGAUCUCAUUCAAGAAGAUGAAUCUGUAGAUUGA